AUGCUGAAAAAGCCCCGUAAGAGGCUCACUAAUACCAUCUGUUCUCCAACCCCUGAGACCUUUCCCCUGCUGGACGGCGUACAGUUGUCUCCCGAAGGCAUGAUCCUCGAAGAACGGAACAUUCUCCCUCAAUCACAGCUCGAAUCCCAGGAAAGCAUGUUCGGCCAAAUUCAAGAUGAUGUGUCAGAGAUGUGUCUCAACCCUCGUUGCAUUCCUGCGUCACAGCUUUUCCGUCCGGAUAGUCUGCUGGAGUCGCAGGCUCGUCAGCAAGACAAUCUGAUCGGUAUUGCGCUGAGUGACGAUGAUGAAAGGAUCAUUGAAACCACAUCUGAGGCAGAGGAGGAAGAAAAUUCGGUAACUGAGGCGCACAAGGAGUUUCGGUUCUCGCCGCAGACUGUCGAGCGAAGAAAGAUGAUGUUUUAUGAGAUUCCGAGCAGUGAAGAUUAG